GUUGCUAACCCACGUUCCAAAAUAAUCACCGCGCGCUUUGUUAAAGCAAGAUGUCGGCGCCCAUGGAGGUAGUGGUUUCUGCCGAUUCAAGUGGACAGUUAUGGAAUUGUGCAGUUUUUGAUCUUCAUUCAGGGACAAAUCUUCUGUCCUAUCGAGGUGGGAACAGUUCGUCAAGGUCCCUUACUGUUCUUAAUGGAGAAUACAUUCUUGGAGCACAACUGGGAAAGAACUUCAUCAACGUAUGGGAAGUACAGAGGAAGGACCAGCUCCAGCAGAAGAUAGUGUGCCCAGGCAUUGUGACCUGUCUCACCGCCUCACCUGACGGCCUCUACCUGCUAGCGGGCAUCGCUGAUGCUAUUUACCUAUGGGAGGUGUCCACGGGCAACCUGUUGGCCAUCCUGAGCCGCCACUACCAGGACCUGACAUGCCUUUGCUUCACAGAUGACAGCAGUCACUUCAUCUCUGGAGGGAAGGACAACAUCGUGCUCAUCUGGAGUCUGGUCAGUGUGGUGCAGUUGGACCCCUCUCACUCUACCGAGCCCCGUCACGUCCUGUCACGCCACUCGCUGCCCAUCACCGACAUCCACUGCGGGCUCAUGGGAGCUCAGGCGCGCGUGGCCACCGCCUCUCUCGACCAGACCGUGAAGUUAUGGGAGGUCUCCUCAGGUGAGAUGCUGCUGUCUGUGCUCUUUGAUGUGAGCAUCAUGUCGGUGACCCUUGACCCCUGCGAGUACUUCCUGUUCUGUGGAGGCAGUGACGGGACCAUCUAUCAAGUGUCUCUGCGCAGCCCGGUAAGUCUAUCAGUUCUGUCUGCCUCUCUCCUUCUACAGACAUCCACUACCCUACCCUCAUAACCUUACUGUUUUACAGAUUUAGUCUUUUUUUCCUUUUUUUUUUUUUGGUGUGUUUGGUAUAUAGAUGUAGAGGUAUGAUAUAUGAAAAUGUUUAGUUACUUAUCCUCUUAUUUAUAAUACAGUAUCCUGUCAAGUUUCCAACCCCAAAUUGACAAUGUUUUUUCUUGAGAGAACUGCGUAGCGGGUUAUAAAUAGUGGGUUUGGUGGUGUGGCGUUGGUGCAGCCGGUGACAGUGACGUGGUGUGGCGAUGGUGCAGCCGGU